AUGACGGACAUCAAGGCCUUUACGGCUUUCUACGAACAUUUGAGGUUACAGGGAAAGGGAGACCCGGAAUUGAGAGACGAGGAACUAGAAAGGGCGGUAAGGGAGAUGCUAAGAAAGGCAAAGAUAACGGACUUUGAGGAGUACAUAAGAAGCUACAAAUAUAAAAGAAGGAUGAUGAGCAAGAGCCAAGAAAUGAUGGUUUAUGGGAAGAGAGACACUGUAUUCUAUGCAUCUCGGGAGAUGUUUAGAAGCAGCAUGGAGCUUCUUGGGCAUUCUGGGCAGGUUGACAGGAUAUGCUUUGACCAGGGGAAUAGAUUCUUCAUGUCUGGGGGCUCUGACGGGAUGAUUAAGCUUUGGGACGUUUAUUCGGGGCUUCUGGUGCACAGCUUUAUUGGGCACAGAAACUUUGUGAGUGAUCUCUGUGUCAGCAGCGAUGGGAAGGUCCUGGUCUCGUGCGACUCGCAUGGACUGUUGAGUGCCUGGUCCCUAGAACGCUUUGAAGUGCUUUUCCAGUUAGAGCUUGGAUGCGAGAUUAUUUUCACUGAGUUUUUUGACACGAAAGAUGAAUCGGCCUACAACCUUAUUGUUGUUUUAUCUCGAGGAAUAAUCAAGACAUAUAAGUUUGAGGGUGGAAGGAUGGUGUCUGAGGUUGAGAAUCUGUGUCUCCUUGAUGAGGCGAUAAAGGGCCUGUGCUUUACCGAUGGGGGAAGGUUCCUCCUAUGCAGUGGAUGGUGGCCGUUUCUUGUUGUCUUUGACACACAGAACUUUGAUGGAUGUAUAGUUCUUGAGACCAAUGGGAUGCCUGUGAACACGAUAUGCGGGGCGAAGAGGGGACUCAAGAUAGCAGCGGCAUGCGACUCCCAGGUGUUCCAAUGGACGUUUUUCACAGAGGGCAAUCCGGGGAUGGGGAACUUCAAGAGAAGAACGAAGAAUACGUCGUUGCAAGGGCAUUGGAAGCGAUCCAUCAUCAAAAUAGAUAUUGGAGAGGGAGAGCUGGUUGAGAGAAUAUGCUAUCUCAGAGACAACUUUCUCGUAUGCAUAUGCACUGAUCUGAAAAUAAGGAUAUAUGCAGGGACGGAGCUUAGGUGUGUUGUGGACACGCCUGAGAUAGGGAUUGCAUACCCGCAUCCAUUGGAGAACAUGUUUGCACUCUGUGGGAGCAAUAUAAGGAUAUAUGACAUGGAUGGCCUGAUCUACGAGGAGAUGCUGAGCUUUGGAGUCAACGAUGCUCAGUUUUCGAGUGAUGGGGAAUUCUUUGUGUUUGGGGAUGAGAGGGGCGUUGUCCGUGUGCUUUCGAUGAGUUUUUUCCCAAGGCCGCCGAAGGAACAGUUCUUUCUGUCUGACCUUGAUCAUCUCAACUCCACUGAAUGGAACGGGGUUGUUAGGUGCAGGAAGGAGUCUACAUAUGAGUCUGACAGAAAAAGAAACGAAAACUGGUACCAGGUGGAAUAUACUAUUACGGGGAGGCAGAGUAGCUGCAUAGGGGUUGAGGACAUGGGGUCUAAGCAUCUCAUAAGAGAUCUUGUCGGCCUCGAGUCGUUUCGAAGAAAGUACAUGAAUGCCCCACUUCCGGGGGAGUCUCAAACUGUGGAGCAGGCUGCAUCUGAGGAUAGCAGUUGCAGUUUGCUGGAGGACACCGAGAGUGAGCUAACAGAAGAGUCUGCGGAGUAUAGCAGUGAUGAGGAGGUACCUGAGAAUAGGAGAGCACCUCUGAGAAGAUUUCUUAUUGACAGCGAUGAAUCUUCGGGGAAUGCGCCUUUACUGAGGAGGAAUGCCUAUGAUGCAGAUGACAGUGAUGAGGGGUUGAGUCCUAUUGGAAUAGUGAGGAGAUUAAGAAGGUACAAUAGAUUUGAAGCUGAUAACGAGGAGGAGAGGGAAGACUCUUUAAGGCUGAGAAGAGGCAAUGCCACAGAUGGGAACGAUGCUAGUGGUGGAGAGAAGGAUGAGCUAGAAGAGAGCAGCGACAACAGGCAUGUGGCUGGGUUGGGCGUAGGACUGGAGUAUAGCGAGCAAGAGCUGAGGCAAUAUGUCCAAUCAUGGCUAUCAUCUCCAAGCAUGAUACCCCAGCCUGGAGAUGAUGUGUAUCUAAAUUCCGAGGGUCUCAAGGAGUUCCAAGCAUUUGACGGAAGGAAGAAAUUCAAGGAGCCCCAGGAUGCAUGCUCUGGAUAUUAUGAGGCGAGGGCCAUUGAGACUGUUAAAUACAACCCCCCGUUCCUCAAGGUAACACUUUGCUCCAGAGAAGAGAGCUUUUCAAUAAGAUAUUAUAGAUAUCCUGGGUCAUCGCCUGUAUUGCUGCUUCGGGAGCAGAUGGAUGUGAGUGCCGGAGACUUCAUAAGCUUUGCAUUGAACGGGAUAAUAUCCCGAGGAAGGGUGUCCAAUGCUCGUGGGGCCCAUCUUGCAGUUGAUUCUGGAGGAAGCUCUGUACUAGUUGAGAGAUCUGAUGUGCUAGUUCGAAAGGCCUUGUUUCCUGAGAAUGUAAAGACAGAAAUGCUGAAGAUGAUUAGACAGGGCAGGACGCACCGAGGGCUUUAUGUGACGCUGAGAAGAGAGUCGAAUGGGCCUUACUAUGAAAAUGUUGCAUCUACUGUCAACCUGGGUGUGAUUGAGGAAAAGAUCCAGAAUGAUCUGUAUCGGACGAUUGGUGGGCUGGAAUUUGACCUGGACACUGCGGUUAGCAACUCUAUGUAUUUGGGACCUGUGCUCCAUGAGCAUUGCCGGCAGGUUGUGGAUGGAGUCCGGAUGAUCAUAAGAAAUGUCUAG